CGCCAGCGCCAGCUUGUUGCCAACCGAAAGCCGAGCCCUCGGAGGCAUCGCGUGUUCCCCUCAUCUUCCAACUCGUCUCUUUCAGAGCUCUCUCUCUCUCUUUCUUGUCUCUUCCGCGUCUGCCUCUCCCUCUCCUCUCCUCUCCUCUCCUCUCCUCGCCACCAUGCUCGCCCGCAACGUCCUCCGCACCGCCCGCGCCUCCCGCUUCUCCACCGCCCCCGGCCGCUUCGCCUCCUCCCUCGUCUUCCUGGAGCAGAAGGGCGGCAAGCUCAACGACCAGGCCCUCACCGCCGUCACUGCCGCCAAGGCCGUCGGUGGCGACAUCGCCGGCAUCGUCAUCGGCUCGUCCGCCGACGUCGCCAAGGCCGUCGAGGAGGCCAAGGGCAUCGAGGGUCUCUCCAAGAUCUACUCGUCGGCCUCGGACGCCUACGCCAACAACGUCGCCGAGAACGUCGCUCCCCUCCUUGCCAAGGUGAUCCCCGACAAGUUGAUCUCGCACCUCUUCGGCGCCCACACCGCGGCCGCCAAGAACAUCUUCCCCCGUCUUGCCGGUCUCCUUGAGGUCUCCCAGAUCUCGGACAUCACCGCCGUCAAGGGCGAGGACACCUUCCAGCGCCCCAUCUACGCUGGUAACGCCAUCCUCACCCUCAAGUCGUCGGACAAGGACAAGUACAAGAUCAUCACUGUUCGCGGCACCGCCUUUGACAAGGCCAAGAAGGAGGGUGGCUCGGCUGCCGUUGAGGAGGUCGCUGCCACCGACGCUUCGUCGCCGACCAAGUUCGUCAGCGAGGAGAUUGUCGUCUCGUCCCGCCCCGACCUCGCCUCGGCCGCCAAGGUCGUCUCCGGUGGCCGUGCCCUCAAGUCGCAGGAGAACUUUGAGAAGGUCCUUGACCCUCUGGCCGACGCGCUCGGCGCCGCUGUCGGUGCCUCGCGUGCCGCCGUCGACGCCGGCUACGCCGACAACUCGCUCCAGGUCGGCCAGACCGGCAAGGUCGUCGCCCCCGAGCUCUACAUUGCCAUCGGUAUCUCGGGUGCCAUCCAGCACCUUGCCGGCAUGAAGGACUCGAAGCUCAUUGUUGCCAUCAACAAGGACGCCGACGCUCCUAUUUUCCAGGUCGCCGACGUCGGUCUCGUUGCCGACCUCUUCGACGCCGUGCCCGAGCUCGUUAAGGAGCUCGGCGGCAAGUAAAAGUGUCGCAGCAUAGGACACGGUAGGCGUGCAUUGAAUGCAUCGAGGUAGCAGUUCGGGGGUAGCGGGGUGGUGUACUCGUCCCUCACUGAUUGGCGCGCGAGUGGUUGUGUGUGACAGCCGUUUUAAGCUGUCGCAGACUGGAGACGAAGAUGAGAGCAGCUCUCGGCAUGAAAGUGACAAUCAUUGCGAAAUUCCGUUGAGUGGUGCUGGGCAUGGCCAGUUGACGCACAUUGUGGGCCGAUGUCCCGAUGGCGGCCAAGGGCGAGACCGAAUGGUGCCUCCUGUGAUCUGGGCGCGGACUGUCUGCUGCGCGUCCCACCCCAAAGAUUAAGCAUCUCAUAUCUGUCUCUCC